GUGUCAUUCAGCUCAGCUGGUUUAGUUUGUGCUUUGGCCUUGUUGGUCAGAAAACAACACCAUGUUUGCAGUCAGAAAUGCCCUCCGCCUCGGUUCCAGAAUAAGUUUGUCCCCGGUGAUGAGCAGAGGAUGUGCUGCGGUUGUACCGGUGGAUGACGUGGUGAACGGACUCACCGAUGAACAGAUACAGCUCAGGCAGACAGUUCGCAAAUUCUUUGCAGAAAAACUUGCACCUCGUGCUGAUGAGAUCGACAAAACAAAUGAGUUUCCAGAAAUGCCAGAAUUUUACAAAGCAAUGGGAGAGAUGGGACUACUUGGGAUCACAGCUCCAGUGGAUUAUGGAGGCACAGGACUGGGCUACCUAGAACAUGUUAUUGUGAUGGAGGAAAUGUCACGGGUGUCAGCAGCCGUUGCCCUUAGUUACGGUGCUCACUCGAACCUCUGUGUCAAUCAGUUGGUGCGCAAUGCCAACGAGAAACAGAAGGAGAAGUACUUACCUAAGUUAUUGACGGGAGAACAUAUAGGAGCUCUGGCCAUGAGUGAAUCUAAUGCUGGCUCAGAUGUUGUGUCCAUGAAACUCAGAGCCAAGAAGAAAGGUGACUAUUAUGUACUGAACGGCAACAAGUUCUGGAUUACAAACGGGCCAGAUGCUGACGUACUUAUUGUAUAUGCAAAGACGGAACCUGAGGCCCAUCAAAGAGGCAUCACAGCAUUCAUUGUUGAAAAGGGGAUGCCAGGAUUCUCCACAGCACAGAAACUGGACAAACUCGGCAUGAGGGGCUCCAACACCUGUGAACUGAUCUUUGAAGAUUGUAAAGUCCCAGAGGAAAAUGCUCUUGGUUCAGUGAACAAAGGCGUUUAUGUGCUAAUGAGUGGACUGGACCUGGAGAGGCUGGUACUUUCAGCAGGACCUAUUGGCAUCAUGCAGGCUGUUCUGGACUUUGCUGUUCCCUACAUGCACGUCAGAGAAGCUUUCGGACAAAAAAUUGGACACUUUCAGCUGAUGCAAGGCAAGAUGGCUGAUAUGUACACCAGACUGAGCUCCUGUCGGCAGUAUGUGUACAACGUAGCCCGGGCGUGUGACAGGGGACACUUUAAUGCAAUGGAUUGCGCUGGAGUGAUCCUGUAUGCUGCUGAGAAUGCCACUCAGGUUGCUCUGGAUGGCAUUCAGUGUUUGGGUGGGAACGGCUACAUCAACGACUACCCCAUGGGGCGAUUUCUUCGGGAUGCUAAACUGUAUGAAAUCGGCGCAGGCACGAGUGAAAUACGGCGACUAGUCAUCGGACGAGCUUUCAACUCUAUGUUCAAAUAAGGAGAAGUGACGAGUGAUCACUGAAGAUGGACACCCACAGGGCCUUAUGCUUUUAGAUGUAGCUGCUAAACAAUAUGGUGUUUUAGUCUAAAUGAAUUAAAUCACUCUGAGCAAACUG